CUUUUCCUGGCUCCCAGGGAGCAGGGUCCCAUAAGGUUGCAUUUGGUGGGGCCACCCCCUGUGUCUACCACAUCCCCAGAGUCCUAAGCCAAGUCCUCAGGGAUAGGAACUGGCUUGUGUGGUUGGCGGCCCCUGUAGGGCCAGCCGGAGUGGUCAGGGGGCCGGACGAGACCCAUCGGGUGGGCCGGCCCACGCCACUUCCUCUCUUUGUUGUCCUGAUAUUUUCUUUUCCUCCUGAGAUUUAACUCGAAGACAACGUCACUAGCAGUUUCUGGAGCCACUUGCCAAGGCCGAGUGUGAACUGAGCCUGCCCCAUCACCAAGAUGAUCCUGAGCUUGCUGUUCAGCCUUGGGGGACCCCUGGGCUGGGGACUGCUGGGGGCAUGGGCCCAGGCUCCCAGUACUAGGCUCUCUGAUCUGCAGAGCUCCGAGCUACCUGGGGUCUGGAGGGCAGAGGCUGAGGACACCGGCAGGGACCCCGCUGGACGAAACUGGUGCCCCUACCCGAUGUCCAAGCUGGUCACCUUACUAGCUGUUUGCAAAACAGAGAAAUUUCUCGUCCACUCGCAGCAGCCAUGUCCACAGGGAGCUCCAGACUGCCAGAGAGUCAAAGUCAUGUACCGAAUGGCCCACAAGCCAGUGUACCACGUCAAGCAGAAGGUGUUGACCUCCUUGGCCUGGAGGUGCUGCCCUGGCUACACAGGCCCCAACUGCGAGCACCACGAUUCCAUGGCAAUCCCUGAGCCUGCAGAUCCUGGUGACGGCCACCGGGAACCUGGGGAUGGACCAGGCAGCUUCGAACCUGGCCACCUGGCUGCAGUGAUCAGUGAGGUUGAGGUGCAACAGGAACAGCAGGAACGCCUGCUGGGAGAUCUCCAGAAUGAUGUGCACCAGGUGGCAGACAGCCUGCCAGGCCUGUGGCAGGCCCUGCCUGGUAACCUCACAGCUGCAACGAUGGAAGCAAAUAAAACAGAGCACGAGUUUCCUGAUAGAUCCUUGGAGCAGGUGCUGCUACCCCAUAUGGACACCUACCUACAAGUGCAUUUCAACCCCAUCUGGAGGAGCUUUAAUGAAAGUCUGCACAGGCUUGCCCAGGCCAUAAGAAACCUGUCUCUUGAUGUGGAGGCCAACCGCCAGGCCAUCUCGAGAGUCCAGGACAGUGCCAUGGUCAGGGCUGACUUCCAGGAGCUUGGUGCCAAAUUUGAGGCCAAAGUCCAGGAGAAUGCUCAGAGAGUCGGUCAGCUGCAGCAGGACAUGGAGGACCGCCUGCACGCCCAGCACCUUACCCUGCACCGCUCUGUCUCAGAGCUCCAGGCCGAUGUGGACACCAAACUGAAGAGGGUGCACAAGGCCCAGGAGGCCCGAGGGACCAAUGGCAGCCUGGUGGUGGCAAUGCCCUGGGCUGGGGCAAAGCCUGAGCCGGAGAGCCUGCAGGCCAGGCUGGCCCAGCUGCAGAGGAACCUCUCAGAGCUGCACAUGACCACGGCUCUCAGGGAGAAGGAGUUGCAAAACACCCUAGAGGACAUGAGGGCCACCCUGACCCAGCACAGGGAUGAGAUCAAGGAACUGUACUCCGAAUCGGACGAGACCUUUGAUCAGAUCAACAAGGUGGAGCGGCAGGUGGAGGAGCUGCAGGUGAACCACACGGCGCUCCGUGAGCUGCGGGUGAUCCUGAUGGAGAAGUCUCUGAUCAUGGAGGAGAACAAGGAGGAGGUGGAGCGGCAGCUCCUGGAGCUCAACCUCACGCUGCAGCACCUGCAGGGUGGGCACGCUGACCUCAUCAAGUAUGUGAAGGACUGCAACUGCCAGAAGCUCUACUUAGACCUGGACGUCGUCCAGGAGGGCCAGAGGGGCGCCACGCGCGCCCUGGAGGAGACCCAGGUGAGCCUGGACGAGCGGCGCCAGCUGGACGGCCCCUCCCUGCAGGCCCUGCAGAGCGCCGUGGACGCUGUGUCACUCGCUGUGGACACGCACAAAGCGGAGGGCGAGCGGGCGCGGGCGGCCACGGCGCGGCUCCGGAGCCAGGUGCAGGCGCUGGACGACGAGGUGGGCGCGCUGAAGGCGGGCGCGGCCGAGGCCCGCCACGAAGUGCGCCAGCUGCACAGCGCCUUCGCCGCCCUGCUGGAGGACGCGCUGCGGCACGAGGCGGUGCUGGCCGCGCUCUUCGGGGAGGAGAUGUUGGAGGAGAUGUCUGAGGAGGCCCCGGGGCCACUGCCCCUGAGCUACGAGCAGAUCCGCGUGGCCCUACAGGACGCCGCCAUCGGGCUGCAGGAGCAGGCGCUUGGCUGGGACAUGCUGGCCGCCCGGGUGGCGGCCCUGGAGCAGGCCUCGGAGCUCCCGCGGCCGGCAGAGCGCCUGGAGCCCAGCCACGACGUGGGCCGCGAGGAGGCCGCCACCACCACCCUGGCCGGCCUGGCUCGGGAGCUCCAGAGCCUAAGCCAUGAACUCAAGCGUGUCGGGGCGUGCUGCGAGGCCGAGGCCGGGGCCGUCUCCUUCAACGCCUCCCUCGACGGCCUCCACAGCGCACUCUCCGCCACCCAGCGCAGCUUGGAGCAGCACCAGCAGCUCUUCCACAGCCUCUUUAGGAACUUCCAAGGGCUCGUGGCAGCCAACGUCAGCCUGGACCUGGGGAAGCUGCAGACCAUGCUGAGCAGGAAAGAAAAGAAGCCGCAGAAAGGUCUGGAAGCUCCCCGGAAGAGAGACAAGAAGGAAGCGGAGCCUUUGGUGGAUGCGCGCAUCACAGGUCCUGUGCCAGGUGCCUUGGGCACGGCGCUCUGGGAGGCAGGAUCCCCUGUGGCCUUCUAUGCCAGCUUUUCAGGAGGGACGGCUGCCUUGCAGACGGUGAAGUUCAACACUACGCACAUCAACGUUGGCAGCAGCUACUUCCCUGAACAUGGCUACUUCCGAGCCCCUGAGCGUGGUGUCUACCUGUUUGCAGCCAGCAUUGAAUUUGGCCCAGGGCCAGGCACUGGGCAGCUGGUGUUUGGAGGUCACCAUCGGACUCCAGUCCAUACCACUGGGCAGGGGGGUGGAAGCACAACAACUGUCUUUGCUAUGGCUGAGCUGCAGAAGGGUGAGCAAGUGUGGUUUGAGUUAACUCAGGGAUCAAUAACAAAGAGAAGUCUGCCUGGCACUGUAUUUGGGGGCUUCCUGAUAUUUAAAACCUGAACCCUAGCCCACUCUGAUCAGACAUCAUGGACUUGCCCAGCUUUCCUUGGCCCGGGGCUCUGGUCAAGGAUGGGCUGGAGAUCAUUUAGCUGGUCUGUCUCUUCCCUGGGAACCUUCUGCAAAGACAGUGUGGUGUAUGUGGCCUCCCUCCAGCUGCGCGGGGCUUGCCCAUUUCUCCAUGAUGAGGAGGACUGGAAUGCUUCCCCAGGCAGGACGUGGUCCUAGGAAGCCUGAACCUUGGCUUGGCAUGCCCUCUCAGACGGCACACCAUGUGUGGGCUGCAGCUCUUUGCCACACUCUGUAUUCUACAACUUCUUUGGUGUUUUGCUCCUCCUGUGGUUGGAAACUUCUGUACAUUUUAAACCUUUCUCAUGCCUCCUCUUCUCUUCUCCCUAAUCGUAUGAUAGAAAGUCAUUUUUUGCCAGGAGGAAUGUUUAACAUGAAGAUGACAUUUUGGCCAACAUUGGAAAGCACUAGAGGGCGAUGGGAUUAGACCAACCUGUUUGGUCUCUAUUGGUCAGUCAUGGAGACGAAAGCCUGGCCAACCAAGGGAAAGAAAAUUAGUAUCUUUAGUAUCAGUCAGUCCUUGUAUGAUAUGGCUUGGCUGUGUCCCCACUCAAAAUAUCAUCUUGAAUUGUAACCCCCACAAUCCCCCCAUGUUAAGGGAGGGGCCAGGUUGGGGUAACUGGAUCAUGGGGGCGGUUCCCCCACACUGUUCUCAUGACAGUGAGUUCUCAUGAGAUCUGAUGGUUUUAUAAGUGUUUGGUAGUUCCCUCUGUUCAUUCUCCUUCCUGCCACCUUGUGAAGAAGGUGCCUUGCUUCCUCUUCACCUUCUGCUAUGAUUGUAAGUUUCCUGAGGCCUCCUUGGCCAUGAGGAACUAUGAGUCAAUUAAACCUCUUUCCUUUAUAAAUUAUCCAGUCUCAGGCAGUUCUUUAUAGCAGUGUGAAAACGGACUAAUACACUGGUAUUUAUCUAUAAUUUUAACUUCACGUCUUUGUCUCCUUGCCUCACAGAGGGUGAAGGCCAAGACAUGCCAAACAUGAACUGAAAUGUGCACGGCCUUCACCUCUUUUACUUCCUCCAGUAUCUUAGGACCAUGGUUAUUCUUGUUAGCAUCUCUAACAAGGAGGAAGCUGAGGGAGGAGGGAAGGAAGACUGUAAAAAUCCCCCUCAAUAAUGAUCAACUUUGGAAUAAAGCGAUGCCCUUCAAAUCUCUGCCUCACUUACUUCUGGAGAGCAAAAAUAAUUGGUAGAGUAAGUAGAAAUAUAGAACGUGAAACUACGUGGGUAAAUGUGACUUUGAUUAUUCCAGGCCCUGUUACAUAGAAUGAUUUCAGUUCAUUCUACAUAAAAUACUCGGAGGCUUCCACACUAGGCAAAGACGCUAACACUGUACUAGACACUACAGCUUGUAAUUGCAAUUAUUCCUGUAAUAUACCAGCAUAUGGUUUUCAAAAAAUUUCAGAUCCUAGAGCAAACUGGCCUAAGAAAGCAGUCAUCCAGCUAUC